AACGCAAGCCCAAGUAGAUGAGGUGGUAGAUAUCAUGAAAGUUAAUGUUGAUAAGGUGUUGGAAAGAGAUGCGAAGCUGUCAGAGCUAGAUUCACGGGCAGAUCAACUGCAAGCUGGAGCAUCACAGUUUGAGCACAGUGCUGCAAGACUGAAACGCAAGAUGUGGUGGCAGAAUUGCAAGAUGUGGAUCAUUCUCAUUGUGGUGAUCCUUGUGAUAAUUGCUGUCAUUGUCAUUUGGGUGGUGACAGACAACCAGAAAAAUAGUUCAAGUAGUGGUGAAAAAGCUACUGUGGCUUCUACCACAAAAGGAAAAUGACGUUAACAUACAAAAGGGCUCUGAGAUAUUCUUGUAAUAAAGGGAACAAGGGCUUUUUACAAGUAUAAGCUUAUUUUGUAGAAGCUGUACAUAAAAAGGAGUCUUCUGUGGUCAAUCUCAAUGUGUGCACUGGCAAGCACAACUCUAACAUAAAGUAAUUAUUAAUUAGUUAGUUUUAUUUUGAUUAAAUAGGUCCCACAGAACCAAACUCUGUAACAUAAAAAUUAUAUUGUAAUGCAAAUCAACUGUGUUGAUUGUUCUUGAGUGCUUUUUUUUUCUCAUUAGAGCAAUGGAAGCUAAGAAUAUCAUAUGACUGUAAACUGAAACAGCUCGAAAGUCGGUUAACGCUAAUCCAGGAUUAAAAGUUAACCCAAGUAUUAAUUUUGCUUAUAGAAAAAUUAAUGUUUUUCAUUGUGUAGUUUGUGAUUUUUCAAACUCAAAACAGAAGGACAGAGAAUAUAAACUGACAUACCUACUUACCGAAAAGUUACAAAACAAACCAAAAUUCUCACUAAUCCUGGGUUAGCUUAAUCGGGCUUUGAACAACCCAACCCUGGAAUCUAUGUAAUCCAAGUUACCCAGUGUAGCUGGUAAUUAUGUGGGGGGACUGAGUGGGAAGGUGCUAGUUGCAGCACUUAAGGGUUUUUUCAGAGUUUUGUUUGUUCAUUACAUAAGGUGUUGACACAAUUCGAAUUACCCAAUAAUACACAGUACAUUAAGAUUCUAUGGUUGAUCAAAAUGGUUUGUUGGUACUAUAUGUGGGACCCAAAUUUCUCGAGGAGCAAAAUGAACGCAUUUCACAUCACUAUAUUUGCUAGGAUACCAGUUCCUUCAGGCAGUAUUACAUGCAUAUCUCAUAAGAGCUUUUUCCUCAGUUGUAAAAUUAUGAAAGGCUUUCAUAUAGACCGACAGGAAAAUGUUUCAAGUUUUUGUAAGUUUUUGCACGGCAGCUGCCUUGUUUUCUUUUUUUAGUUUCAAAAAACAUGGACCUAAAAAAUUUCCAAAACAUUUUCAGUAUACAGUGUGGUAUAAACUGCUGCUGUGAAGUGCAAAUUCUAAGUGCUGUUUUGCAAAGUAAGUAUUAUAUUCAAUUUAUUAUUUACUGAGUUACAUUUGAUUUACACUGCUAUUUUCAUUAUGUUAAAAAGAACAUUAAACAUAAAUGAUUGUA